UCUUGCACUACUGUUAGAUCUUUUGGCAGUGACAGUACGACUGGCUUUCAUUGAGUACCACUGAACAGAAUCCAAGAAGUGUCUUCGAAUGUGUUCGAAUUAGUGUAUAGGUAUAAUGACAUCGAUAUUCUGUGUCAGCGUGAAGGGCAAUACCAUCGGAUCUUUAACUCGAUUAUGUAAGAUAUCGAACUACAAUGCGACACAAGUGGCGUUUAUGAAGAGAUUAGUCCUGAAAGAGGAAUUGCCCAAGCCACCACCGUUUCCUUACUGGAGAAGGCUAUGCUGCCCGACAACAAUGUUCACCGACCCUACGUCGUUCAGAUACGACGAGAACACAAAGUUGAUAAUCGUCGACGGCCCCCCAGCCGCGGGAAAAACGAAACUCUGUGAGAAACUGGCAGAGGAGUUCGGGCUGCUGUACAUGCCGCCGCCGACUCACGACCAGAUGUUCGUCAACCCUUACGGCUUCGACCUACGUAGUCUGGACCCGAAACUACCCGCAGGAUGCAAGUCCUGCGACUUGAAUCGAUUCUUAACGGAUCCUACCAACAAACAAGUGCCCAUCUUCCAAAUGACGUAUUUGUACAUGAGACUCGAACAGUACAUGAACGCCCUGGUCCACAUUCUGGCCUCUGGACAGGGAGUAGUACUGAAUCGAUCAGCAUUCUCAGACGUCGCGUUCGUUGACGCUAUGUACAACGCCGGUUACCUUAGCAAAGCAGUUGUGGACGAAUUAGAGGAGAUGAAGAGGCGAUGUAUGUAUCAUCUGCUCAGACCUCACCUAGUAAUCUACUUAGAUGUUCCUCCGGAGGUCACUAUAGACAAUGUUAAAAGGAGGGCGAUUCGUGAGGAAGUUAAUUCUAAGGUCAUCAAUACGAAUUACUUGUCCGACCUGGACAGGGUGAUGAAGGAGAAGGUUUUGUCGUCGUUGACGUCGACCUCGGAGGUAUUGAUUUAUGAUUGGAGCAAGGACGGCAAUCCGUUGGACAUAGUUCACGACAUCGAGCACACGGAUUUAGAAGAGGUGCCCGACAGAGAGAAGUUCCAGGAUUGGAUAUUCAUCGACGCGGAAACUAUGAUAAUGCGUCUGUGCUUGUUCCAUGAGAAGGAGACGAUAUUCAAUGAGAUGAACGCGCCCAUGGAUAAAAUGGCAACGGAGUUGUAUACUACCGCCGAAGACGACGAGAUAGAGCACAAAGUGAUGGAAGGGGUGGUAUCUGAGAAAUAUGAAUACGGAUGGAAUCCCGAACUAGGCGACAAAUACUCGUGGAGAAAAAAAUUUAGAAUCUUCAAGCUGUCGCUGUUCCGUCGCACGCCCCUUGACUUUGUAAAUUGCAAAUUUUUCGAUUACAAAGCAUACCCUUAAUAUAGUCGUUAAUAAAUUAUUCUUGUAACAAAAGGAUUAUAGUGAGAUAAUAAAAUAAUAGGCAGGAACCUCUCGUGCCGAGUUCCAGCCUCACAUCAGGAGAGAAAAAUAGUCCCAUGAAAUUAUUCAACGAUGUCCAUUUCAGUUUUGUAUUAUAAUCAUACAUGUUAAAAAUAUAAAUAUGUUUUCAAAAUUA